AAGCUGUGCCCGAGGGCUGUUUACUCACUUGCACUGCUAUUUAUUACCGUCAUUGUCAACAAGUACAGAAUCGCCAAGUUUCCUUGAACUUUAUCGAUGACCACGUCACCAGGGGAAGAAAAUUCCGGUCCCAGUCGCACCAGAAAGACAAGACCCCAGACGGCAUGCGAAUUUUGUAGACGAAGAAAGAUUGGAUGCGAUGGCGCUCAAAGACCGGGGAAACAAUGUUCGAAUUGUGCAGCAUGUAACGUCGACUGCAAGUAUUCUGACAGUCGUAGAGUACUGGCACCCUCCAAAAGUUACAUCCAGGAACUGGAGAAGAAACUAGAAAGGAUGGAGAAUAUUAUGCGUCGGAUCCUUCCCGAAACCCACGUCGGUGGCCUGAGCACCGCCGAGAUAGAGGAUCGACUGCGACAGGAGGAUUAUGAGCGUGAUGCGAUGGACAAUAGUCUCACGCAAGCCAAAUUGGGUUACAUCUAUCAUGGAAAAUCGAGUACCGCCCAAUUUAUACAAACUGCGAGGGUUUUCAAGCAAGGGCAUACCGGUGAAAUCUCUGACAGAGUCACUCUCAGACGAUCCGAGUUCUGGGAUGCACCUCCUUGGCACCAAAACACCUGGUUCCAGUCGUAUUAUCCAGAUUACACCUUUCCAGAAGACGACCUGCUCUCAUCACUUGUGGAUCUUUAUUUUGUGGAAGUCAACAUCUUCGUUCCGUUGCUGCAUCGACCAACUUUUGAGAAGCUAGUCAAUGAUAAAUUUUAUUUGGAGGAUAAAGAGUUCGCCACUGUGCUGUUAUAUGUGUGCGCUCUCUCUUCAAGGUACACGGACGACCCCCGAGUUCUAUCAGAUGGGGUAUCUUCCAAGCAGUCGAAUGGAUGGAAGUGGAUCGAUCAGGUGAUACGCGCACGUAAGUCCCUGAUAAGCGUGCCGACGUUGCAUUCCUUGCAAUGUAUAUGUCUUUUCGCCCAAUUCAUGUUGGGAUCAUCGGCACCUCACCUGUGCUGGACGAUUGCUAGCAUUGGACUUCGGUCAUCCCUGGAAGCGGGACUUCACAGAAGGAAAGUGAACUAUGCUAAUCCCACUAUAGAGAGCGAGCUGUGGAAACGGGCUUUCUGGACACUUGUGUACAUAGACCGACAGAUCAGUGCCUUUCUAGGCCGUUCAUGCUGUCUAUUCGAUGAAGAGAUUGACCUUGAUUUACCAAUCGAAUGUGAUGACGAGUACUGGGAGCCUCCAAAUGCUGCCAAUGCUUUCAGGCAGCCGCUUGGACGACCUGCGCUCGUUUCUUACUUCAACUGUUACCUGAAACUCACUUCCUCGAUAACGACUUGCCUGCGCACUAUAUAUGCAAUAGAACGGUCUCUCAUCAGGCGCGUAUCUCUGGAUCUGGAUAAAAACUGGCAGAAGAGAAUGAUUGAGCAGCUUAAUGCGAGACUGAAGCUUUGGAUGGAUGCAAUGCCUGAUCAUCUACGAUGGGACCCUGACCGCAAAGACCCUAUUCACCUCGCCCAAUCUGCUUCAUUACAUUUGCAAUAUCGUCAUUUGCAGAUGCUAAUCUAUAGGCCCUUCAUCUCCAUGCCUUAUGAUUCGGAGAAAUUCCCGUUUCAUUCAGUAACUAUCUGCACAAACGCCGCUCGCGUAUGUGCAGAUAUUAUCGACACUCAAUUACGUCGUAAAGGGCAUUUGGUACCUUACUAUGGUCUUGCCGCAUUCAAUGCCGCUGCAGUGCUCCUUUUCGAUUAUUGGCAGACAAAACGUGGUGGCCUUCCCGUGAACCCGGCCGAUAUGAAACUCGUGGAUGCAUGUAUGAAAACUCUUCAAGUUCUAGAAACGAGAUGGCAAAUUGCAGGCCGGCUCUGGGACGUCCUCCAUGAGCUAGUUUCUGUCGGUGAUCUACAUCCCAACUCAGCCAACCCUGAAAUGGAGAUGACUGUCGAUAACAACUCGAUAUUCACGCCAAAUGAGGUCUUUCCUGACAGUCUUUCGGAAAUCCUUCUUGGCGGCAAUACCUUUUACGACGGACCUGCCGUGGAUGAGUCCAGCUGGUUCUCAAACAUUGAGCUGCCAUUGGUACCCUUAGAUGAAGUAAAUACACAACCUCAGAUCUCCGUCGCUUCCUCGGAAAAUGUAGGGCUGGAACCUUCACACGUCCCUCCUCGAGGCGAAGGCUACGUCAAUGGGACCCAAACCUUGCAAAAAUUCGGCUUCACGAUUGAUAACCAAGAUUCCUUCCUCGAGCCUUCUUGUUUCUUCAGCAAAAGCGCUGUAAUGAAAUGAAUUUGGAUGACUGGGGCUCGUUCUUCAGUAAUGUAGACGAGCUUACCCAUGGCAUAUGGCAAUUCGAAAACUCGAAUGACUCUGCUACUACCAACAGUGGACUGUGGUAGAACUACUGAUAUGGCUUCCUAGCUUUUGGUUCAGACAGAUUGUACAAAUUGUACAAAUAGUUCCCUGUAUUUGUGUAAUUACCUAUAGUGUCCGACUGAGCGUAUUUUGGGCCCAAAUACUUGUGGUCAUUUUUGACGUCCUUUGGCUGAUAUGCUUGCGGACCGGGACGGUCCGAGUCACAUUACGUGAGAAAUCCUAUCCUAAAGCGGA